UUGCGUCUUAAACAUGUCACAUAGUUAGCCAGUUUAACGGUUUAGUUCUCUUUGACCUGCUAACUGUACCUCUCUUCCGGAAUGCUCACUUGUUUUUCUAUCGCUAGCCCCGUUUGCUAAGUUGCUAGCUGCCCCACUCCAAUCCAAAACAGACAUUGCCAGGCCUACCAGCUCUAGGGGGUGUUCAUUUUGUUUAAUAAAUAGCUAGUUAGCACGUAUCUACGUCAGCUACCUGUUGACAGGUGAACUUGAAUGGCUAGCUAACUGUAUUACCUUGACUAAAGUAUGUCUUGCCCAUGCACAUCGGCCGCGAGGAUAUUCUUAAAUUCAGCACAGAGAGGGCUGUCUUGUUCUCGGGUUCAGCUCUAUGCUUUGAGCAGACCUGGUUGGGGUUUUCGUGAAGCUCCUCUACCUCGCAUAGUCCGAGUGAGAUCCUUCCAUGAAACUGCAGUAUGUUUUGCCUCUAAAGAUGGAACGACUAAGGAUGGAUCCAGCGAUGGGGGAAAGAAGAGCAUCAGUGAAGGGAAGAGAUUGGCGGGCUCUUCUGGUGGAUCAGGGAAGGGUGGUAACCAGCUACACUGUCCCAAAUGUGGAGACCCAUGUACACAUGUGGAGACCUUUGUAUCGUCGACACGUUUUGUGAAGUGCGAGAAGUGCCAUCACUUCUUCGUGGUUCUCUCUGAGACGGACUCUAAGAAGGGCCUGAAUAAAGAAGCGGAGUCGCCAGCUGAGGCUGUCAAAAUGGCCUUCGCACAGAAACCUCCCCCGCCACCCAAAAAGAUCUAUGCCUACCUGGACAAGUACGUAGUGGGUCAGUCCUAUGCAAAGAAAGUGCUGGCGGUAGCUGUGUAUAAUCACUACAAGAGAAUCUACAACAACAUCCCUGCUGGGAGCAGACAGGUGGAGGUGGAGAAACAGGCCUCGCUCACUCCACGAGAACUAGAGACGAGAAGACGGGAGGAUGAGUACAGAUUCACAAAACUCCUUCAAAUAGCAGGGAUCAGUCCCCAUGGCAACGCCCUGGGAGCCUCCAUGCAGCAACAGGCCACUCAGCAGGCUCCUCAGGAGAGGAGGGGCGGAGACGUGUUAGACUCCACACACACCGACAUCAAACUGGAGAAGAGCAACAUCGUGCUGCUAGGCCCCACCGGAUCAGGCAAGACAUUGUUGGCCCAGACCCUGGCCAAGUGUCUAGAUGUACCCUUUGCCAUCUGUGAUUGUACCACCCUGACCCAGGCUGGCUACGUGGGGGAGGAUAUCGAGUCUGUUAUCGCCAAGCUGCUGCAGGAUGCCAACUACUCUGUGGAUAAAGCACAGCAAGGCAUAGUGUUUCUCGAUGAGGUGGACAAGAUCGGCAGUGUUCCUGGGAUCCACCAGCUCAGAGACGUAGGAGGAGAGGGUGUACAACAGGGUCUGCUCAAACUCCUGGAGGGCACGAUAGUGAACGUCCCAGAGAAGAACUCCAGGAAGUUGAGGGGAGAGACGGUGCAGGUGGACACCACUAACAUCCUGUUCGUAGCGUCGGGGGCCUUCAACGGACUCGACAGAAUCGUCAGCAGACGGAAGAAUGAAAAGUACCUGGGCUUUGGCACGCCCUCCAACAUGGGUAAGGGUCGCCGUGCGGCGGCAGCAGCCGACCUGGCUAACAGUAGUGAACAGACGGACAUGGUGGCAGAGAUGGAGGAGAAGGACCGGCUGCUGAAGCUCGUGGAGGCCCGGGACCUCAUUGAGUUUGGGAUGAUCCCGGAGUUUGUCGGGCGUCUGCCUGUGGUGGUGCCUCUACACAGUCUGGAUGAAGAGACGCUGGUCCGCAUCCUGACCGAACCACGCAACGCCGUCAUACCACAGUACCAGGCCCUGUUCAGCAUGGACAAGUGUGAACUGAACGUAACGACAGAUGCUCUGAGGGCCAUCGCCAGGCUGGCUCUGGAGAGAAAGACUGGAGCCCGAGGCCUGAGGUCCAUCAUGGAGAAGCUUCUUCUAGAGCCUAUGUUUGAGGUACCAUGUUCAGACAUCAUGUCUGUGGAGUUAACCGAGGACGUCGUCUUGGGCAAAUCAGAACCACAAUACGUCCGGGCUCCAGCAGAGGAGGACUACGACUCUGGUAUUGAAGAGGAGAACUGGCCCAGACAGGUGGAUGCGGCAGCUAACAACUGAUCGGAUCUCCCUCCCCCUGUCCUGUCAUUCAUUUCAACAACUGUCACAUCUACAAUCAUUUAGAACACCUUCUAGAACAUUUGGAAGCCAACUGUAGGUUCCUGGAAUUCCAGCCCCUGAGCCAUCUAAACAGACAUCCGUCAGGCUCUGUAGACCACUACUAAAACCACACCAUAAAACCUGUUUCUCUGAGGAAGUGUUUUCAUAAUGAACAACACGGAUUUGAGCUCUAGAAGUACCUUUUUUUUUUGGGUCCUGUGAAUUGGACAGUAGGCUAAUUCUUUAAGUUGUUAGAAAAUGAAAAUGGACCUGCUAUAGUGUAUAUAUUUAAAAAUGGUUGGGGUAGGUAGUGUAAUUUGUCUGUUCUCUCCUCUUGUGUUGUGGUGAUGACAGAUUGAAAUGACAAUGGAAACAAAUAUAACAUGACUGGGAUCAUAUUUUACACUUGAAGACUUAACCAGGGCUAGGAAUGUUCCAUUUUACUAUCAAAUCAAAGUUUAUUUGUCACGUGCGCUGAAUACAACACAAUACAGUGAAAUGCUUACUUACAGGCUCUAACCAAUAGUGCAGAAAAAAGUAUUAGGUGAACAAUAGGUAAGUAAAGAAAUAAAACAACUGUAAAAAGACAGGCUAUAUACAGUAGAGAGGCUAUAUACAGUAGAGAGGCUACAUACAGACACCGGUUAGUCAGGCUGAUUGAGGUAGUAUGUACAUGUAGAUAUGGUUAUCGUCAAUGUUACAUAACAAUAUACAACUAAUGCCCUGACUGUCACCAGCAGACCGGGGUUCAAAUACUAUUUGAAAUUGUUCACAUGCAUACAUACAUACAUACUUUGGAGUGUUUUCUUUGGCCUGCUUAAGCGUACCAGGUGGUUGAGAUUUGUACUUUUGGUAAUAUGCUGUUAGUUCCAUUGCAACAGUGAAGUUCAAUUGAGCCCAGCUAAAGUAUUUGAUAUGAUUUCAAGUAGUAUUUGAACCCAGGUCUCUAGAUGUAUGAUAUUCCAUAAUGAGCACAUCAUCAUUGUGAUGUUUUUUUCUAUGGAGUUAAAUUGGUGCCAAAAGUUUUCUGUCAGUAAUUUAACUCCGUAUUUCGUCCUAUCUACUAUUUUAACGGAAUUUAUAAUGAACAUAACUGGCCUGUAAAAUUGUCGGUAUUAAAGCUUCAGUUUAGAAUCCGUUUGUAUCAGAGCAACACACCUGUCGUUAGGGGAAACAUCAUAACAGCAUACUACACCCUACUCCAGCACACUAAACAGAGCGGAGAUGCGUUCAAAAUGGCACCCUAUUUCGACCAGGACCUCUGGUUAAAAAUAGGGCACUAAUAGAAGGAAUAGGCUGCUUUUUCAGACGCUGACCGUUUGACUUUUUAGUGACUAGUGACUUUUUUUUCUUUCUUUUUUUACGUUGAGAAUGUUUAUUUCUGCAGUGUUGUACCCCCCCCCUUCUAGAAACCCGCUCUCUAGGGAGUGACCCUUUCAGCUCUCUUUAACCUCACAGGGUUACCUACUGCUAGGUCGAUAUCAAGCGAGGCAAGGGCUUGAUAUUCAAAAAGAUUUCAGAGUUGCUGACCUAGGAUCAGGUGCUCCCGGUCCAUAUAAUAGUAUUCAUUAUGAUCUAAAAAAAGGAUAAACUGAUCCUAGAUUCUUACUCUGAUAUUCUUUCUGAAUGUUUUACUUAGCUCUGUCUGGGUCAAGCUUCACACCCCCCCCGCCCCCGCCUCCUCACCUGUAGUAAUGCUCCAGUAUGUCGUGUUACUAAAAUGGUCCCUCAAUCACUAGGCACUUCUUCUGCAAUUAAGCCUUUUUAACUAUUUCUAUCCACACUGAACCAUGGCUGUUCUCUGUCGUGUAAUGCUGGUAUGUGCUAUUAUAAUACAAUCAUCAUCACCAUAAUAAUACAAUUGUUUGUGUUCCUUUUAUGCUUCUCUUCUCAACGGUCAAUCAUAAUAACAUGUAAAAUCUCAAUUUAUUGAUGUGAUUGUUUAAAUAUUAUAAAUAAAAUGUAUAUCUCUGUACAGAA